UUCUCUGUCUUCCUCCCAUCCAGAUGAGUAGGACCAAGGGCGAUGAGGAAGAGUACUGGAACAGCUCCAAGUUCAAGGCUUUCACCUUUGAUGAUGAAGAUGACGAGCUCUCACAGCUGAAAGAGUCCAAGCGCGCGGUGAACAGCCUCCGGGACUUCGUGGAUGACGGUGACGACGACGACGAUCUGGAGAGGGUUAACUGGAGCGGGGAGCCCGUGGGCAGUAUCUCGUGGACUAUCAAAGAGACCGCUGGUAACAGUGGGCCAACCCAAGAGGGCCGAGAACCGAAGAACCGAAACAGCUUCUCCUAUGGACAGCUGCCCAAGCCGACUUCUACCUACUCCCUGAGCAGCUUUUUCAAAGGGAGAACUAGACUUGGAAGUUUCCAGUCCCUUUCCGAUGCGCUGUCGGACACACCUGCCAAAAGCUAUGCUCCAGAGCUGGGGAGGCCCAAGGGGGAGUACAGGGAUUACAGCAAUGACUGGAGCCUCUGUGACACAGUGCGACGCCUCCGGAAAGGGAAGGUCUGCUCUCUGGAAAGAUUCCGCUCCUUGCAGGACAAGUUACAGCUCCUGGAAGAAGCGGUGAGCGUGCACGAUGGAAACGUCAUCACCGCGGUUCUGAUCUUCCUGAAGAGGACACUGAGCAAAGAGAUCCUCUUCCGAGAGCUGGAGGUGCGCCAGGUGGCCCUGAGGCAUCUCAUUCACUUCCUCAAGGAAAUCGGGGACCAGAAGCUGCUCCUGGAGCUCUUCAGGUUCCUCGAUAGGACAGAGGAGCUGGCGCUGUCCCACUAUCGAGAGCACCUGACCAUUCAGGACCCUGACAAGCGAAAAGAAUUCCUUAAGACCUGCGUUGGUUUGCCAUUUUCAGCAGAAGAUACUGCACACAUACAAGACCAUUACACCCUUCUAGAGCGUCAGAUCAUCAUUGAGGCAAAUGACCGCCAUCUAGAAUCGGCCGGACAGACGGAGAUCUUCCGGAAGCACCCCCGCAAAGCUUCCAUCCUCAACAUGCCGCUAGUGACGACGCUCUUCUAUGCCUGCUUCUACCACUACUCGGAGCCCGAGGGGACAUUCAGUAGUCCCAUCAACCUGAAGAAGACCUUCAAGAUCCCAGACAAGCAGUACGUGCUGACAGCCUUGGCUGCUCGUGCCAAGCUCCGCGCCUGGCAUGAUGUCGAUGCCCUCUUUACCACAAAGAACUGGCUGGGCUAUACCAAGAAACGAGCCCCCAUCGGCUUCCAUCGGGUGGUGGAGAUUCUGCACAAGAACAAUGCCCCUGUCCAGAUACUACAAGAGUAUGUCAAUCUGGUGGAAGAUGUGGACAUGAAGUUGAACUUGGCUACUAAGUUCAAAUGCCAUGAUGUCGUCAUUGAUACCUGCCGGGACCUGAAGGACCGCCAGCAGUUGAUGGCCUACCGGGGUAAGGUGGACAAAGGCUCUGCCGAGGAGGAGAAGAUUGACACCAUUCUCAGCAGCCCGCAAAUCCGAUGGAAGAACUGAGCGUCGUUCACUCCCUGAAACUGACCAGCCUCGUGUCCUCCUUCCCCUCCUGUGAGAGAAGACAGCUCCUCCCUGGGAGCGGCGGUCACAGGCUCCCCCGGCACGAACCGUCGACAACAAGCCGUGCCUGGUGCUCCGGGACAGAAGCCCGACGACUUUAGGCUGACCUUUCUACCAAGGGUCAAGAUCACAAGCUGUGGCUGCUCCUGAGAAAGACUCUCUGCACCUGGUGCUCGUGUGGAGGUGGCUGUGGGUUCCGGUUGAGCCCAUGGUCUCUCUCUCAGGCUGAGAAAAGAGGCCUCCUGGCCCACGGGAGCUCACAGGGUGGGUGGCCUCUCUUCUUCUCAGCUCCUGAUGACCCUGGACAUGAUCUGGACAUAGGCAGCCCUGCUCUAAAUGCAGGCAGAGCAGGACCACGUGUCUGCAUCGCAGUGCCACAGAGCGGUGCUAGCAUUGCCCGGGACUGACGGACGGGAGACGAGCUCACAGACGAGCUCACAUGGUCCCCUGACCUGCUGGGGGAGAGAUGGCCGGCAUCGGACUACUUCAGCCAGUGCCCCUCUGCUGUCACAGCCACUGUAUCCUCUGACCAAAAACACAUGGUUCCUUUUGCACCUACACACCGAGGCACUGAGAUGACCUUGAGUGGGUGUCCAAACCACUGCCUUUUCUUGUUCUUCUCCCACCCCAGCCCCAUGUCCGUCUGGGGCAUGGCUGGGGCAGGACUUGAGGACAAAGCAACAUUUCACUUCGCCAGGCGCUUCUUGAAGCUUCCCGGGGCCGAACCCAGCAGCCUUUCUGACCCUGGAGUAUUAGGAUAGAGGUCUUCUGUUCCCUGGUCUUUGAGAAGACCAUCCUGCCACACUAACGUUUGCCCUGUACCGAGUUUCGCCUCCUUCCCACCCACUGAGCUGGGUUUCCCCGACUUGCCCAGACUCCUAAUAAAGCUGUUUGCUUCUGGG